CGCGAGGCCGGGGAUCGGCGGGGCCUAUGGAGCCGCCGCCCGCCAAGCGCAAAUGCGGCGCCUCCGGGGACCAGCCCGAGCCGGGGCCGCCCGCCGCCGCCCUCCCCUCGGCCGUCGAGACGCUGCUGGACCUGAGCGCCCGGCGGGUGGCCGAGACGUGGGCCUUCGAGCAGGUGGAAGAGCGUUUCUCCCGCGUCCCGGAGCCUGUGCAGAAGCGCAUUGUGUUCUGGUCUUUCCCCCGGAGCGAGCGGGAGAUAUGUAUGUACUCGUCCCUUGGCUACCACCCCCCGGAGGGCGAGCGAGACUCCCGCGUGCCCUUCAACCGUGGCCUGAAUCUGCUGCAGUCAGGUGCUGUUGAUCGUGUCCUGCAAGUAGGUUUCCACCUGAGCGGCAUCGUGACUGAGCCGUCGGGCCCCAGCGAACCCGAGCAUGGCUACCACGUCUCCAUCAGCUUCGACCGCUGCAAGAUCACUUCGGUGAGCUGCGCCUGCGACAACCGGGACAUCUUCUACUGCGCCCACGUGGUGGCGCUGUCCCUGCAUCGCAUCCGCCAUGCCCGCCAAGUGGAGCUGCGCCUGCCCAUCUCGGAGACCUUGUCCCAGAUGAACCGGGACCAGCUGCAGAAGUUCGUGCAGUACCUGAUCAGCGCCCACCACACGGAGGUGCUGCCCACCGCCCAGAGGCUGGCGGAUGAGAUUCUGCUGCUGGGAUCUGAGAUCAACCGAGUGCACGGUGCCCCCGACCCCACUGCCGGGGCCGGCAUUGAGGACGCGAACUGCUGGCACCUGGACGAAGAGCAGAUCCAAGAACAGGUGAAGCAGCUCCUCUCGAACGGCGGCUACUACGGGGCCAGCAAGCAACUGCAGUCCAUGUUCAACAAGGUGCGGGAGAUGCUCCGGAUGCGGGACUCCAACGGGGCACGGAUGCUCAUCUUGAUGACGGAGCAGUUCCUGCAGGACCCACGCCUGGCCCUGUGGCGGCAGCAAGGGGCCGGCAUGACCGACAAGUGCCGGCAGCUCUGGGAUGAACUCGGGGCCCUGUGGGUGUGCGUGGUCCUGAGCCCCCACUGCAAGCUGGAAGAGCGGGCUCUCUGGCUGCAGCUCCUCAAGAGGUGGAACAAGCUGGACGUUUGCCCGUUGGAGGAGGGCAACUACUCCUGCGACAGCACCAGCUCUGGUGGCGCCUUGCAGCCCAACCCAAACCGCAGCCCAGCGGUGGUCCGGCAGACGGUCUUCAGCCGGGCGGUCAAGGCAGCAGAACUGCGCUGGGGUGACGGCCACCUGCAGAAGAUCCUGAGCAGCGACUGCUACGGCCUCUCGUUGAAGAGCGGGAGCGACAAGCUGGGCUUUGACCCCCAGGGCCACCCACUCUGGCUGGGCGAUGCCUUCCCCAUGGCCUGCGCCCGUGUGGACGCCCUGCGCUCCCAUGGCUACCCCCGCGAAGCCUUGCGCCUGGCCGUGGCUGUCGUCAAUGCCAUGCGCCUGCAGCGGCGCCACCAGCUGGAGAGCUACAAGCAGCAGAAGAAAGAGCUCUUGCACAAAGGCACGACCAGCAUCACCAACCUGGAGGGCUGGGUGGGGCACCCCCUGGACCCCAUUGGCUGCCUGUGCCGCACCUUCCUGGAGGCCUGCCGGACGGAGGAUGAGGGGCUGGCCCUCUAUGCAGACUCAGCAGCCGAGCCGAAGAAGACGCUGUACCAGCACGUCCCGGUGCCCUCCAGCCCCGGCGAGUCGUACUUCAUGCUGGCCCUGGAGGUGGCCCUGCUGGGGCUGGGGCAGCAGAGGUCCAUGCCGGAGGGCCUCUAUGCCCAGGACAAGGUGGUGCGCAGUGAGGAGCACCUCAUCGGGACGCUGGAGGAGAUGGAGCUGGACGAGCGGCUGGUCCCCGUGCUCCGCAAGCAGGCCACCCUCCUCCUGGAUGGGGGGCCCUUCAGCGGCUUCGGGGAGGUCGUGUUCCGCGAGAGCGUGCCCAUGCACACCUUUGCCCGCUACCUCUUCACUGCCCUGCUGCCCUACGACCCUGAACUGGCCUACCGCCUGGCACUGAGGGCCAUGAGGCUCCCCGUAUUGGAGACGGUGUUGCCGACCAGUGAUCUACUGCACCAGAACCCCCUGGAUUCUAUGAUGGCCAACCGCUUCCCCCGCUGGUUCACCCUUGGCCACCUGGAAACGAGGCAGUGCGAGCUGGCGUCCGCCAUGUUGACGGCUGCCAAAGGUGACCCCAGUUGGCUGCGAAUGGUCCUGGGCUCCAUCCAGCAAAACAUCCACUCUCCAGCCCUGCUCUUCAAGUUGGCCCAGGACGCCUGCAAGACGGCCACCCCAGCCAACUCUCCCCCUGACACCACCUUGCUGAACAUUUCCCUGGAACUUGGCCUGCAGGUGAUGCGAAUGACGCUCAACACGAUGACCUGGCGCCGCAGGGAAAUGGUCCGCUGGUUAGUCAGCUGUGCCACGGAGAUUGGUGUCCAGGCCCUGAUGAACAUCAUGCAGAACUGGUAUACACUCUUCACCCCCAUCGAGGCCACCACCAUCGUAGCCGUGACGGGGACCACGCACGCCACGCUGCUGAGGCUGAGCCUGAGCGCGGGGCAGCGGGACGAGCUGUGCAGCUGCGCCCGGACGCUGGCCCUGCAGUGCGCCAUGAAGGACCCCCAGAACUGUGCGCUGCCGGCCCUGACGCUCUGCGAGAAGAACCACGCCGCCUUCGAGGCCGCCUACCAGAUCGUGCUGGACUCGGCGGCCUCGGCCGGCAUGGGUCACUCCCACCUCUUCACCGUGGCUCGCUACAUGGAGCACCGGGGGCUGCCCUUGCGCGCCUACAAGCUGGCCACCCUGGCCUUCUCCCACCUCAGCAUCGCCUUCAACCAGGACACGCACCCGGCCCUGAACGAUGUCCUGUGGGCCUGCUCCCUCAGCCAGUCGCUGGGCAAGAACGAGCUGGCCGCCAUUGUCCCACUGGUCAUCAAGAGCGUGCAGUGCGCCCCCAUGCUCUCUGACAUCUUGCACCGCUGGAGCCUGCCACCCCCGGGCCUGGCCUCGCUGGGCGGGGGGCGCCGUGGGGCUGGUGGGGCCGGGGGGAAGCUGUUUGCAGUGGACAAGGCCCCGCUCUGCCAGCUCCUGGAGGCCGCCAUGGCCGCCUACGUCAGCACCACCCACUCGCGCCUCACCCACAUCAGCCCCCGGCACUACGGCGAGUUCAUCGAGUUCCUGGGGAAAGCCCGCGAGACCUUCCUGGUGGCCCACGACGGGCACCUGCGCUUCGCCCAGUUCCUUGACAACCUCAAGCAGACCUACAAGGGAAAGAAGAAACUCAUGUUGCUUGUGCGGGAGCGCUUUGGCUAG